AUUGAUAAAAACUGCAUGGGUGAGUCAACCAGCACAGCAGAGGGGGACACUGUGCUAUCAGGAUCAAGCUCAAGGCGACAAAGGAUAACGAGGCACUCAGUCCAGCAGGGCGGCGCUUGGAGGACCAGCAGGCAGGCAGGAGCGGGCAGCAGGAGGCGGGGCUGCUAUGAGGGAAGGACGCCCACACUCCUAGAAGCGGAAGAGGAAGCUAAGUGCGCCAUGCCUAUCAAGAGGACUGAGUAUAAGUUCCGGCCUCUUGUGCUUCGGCCAGUCCGCCCCUUGGGAAACUUGAAGGAUGGCAUCCCCAUCCCUAUGCCCCGCAGCGGUCAUCGCAUCGUGUGUUCCGGCCUUUCUUUUUACUCCUUCGGCGGCUACAACCCCAAGAUCUCCGCCACAGACUAUGCAGACGACACCUGGCACCGCACCAGACCACUCUUCCAGGAGCUAUGGCAGUUCAACUUAGUGAGCCACACAUGGACGCGCAUCAAGGGCGAGGGGGCCAUGCCGGAGGAGCUGGCCUCCCACUCGGCGGUGCAGCGCGGGGCCUACAUGCUGGUGUUUGGGGGCACGGCCAUGCCUUUUGGGGACUCCUCCUCGGACUCCCUUUACCAGUGUCACCUUCCAACGGGGAAAUGGCAGAAGAUUGUGACCAUGGGGAAGAAACCCAAGCCUAUGUAUGGACAGGCUGUGUGUAUGAGUGACGACUACCUCUACGUGGUGGGAGGGACGACCGGCUUCCAGUACAGCAUUGACGUCCAUCGCCUUGACCUCGAACAGCGCACCUGGGACCAGCUCUCCCCGCCCUUCCCCCCGCCACACACUGUACCAGAGGAGAGGUAUCGGCAUGAGGUGGUGGAGCAUGAAGGGGCGCUCUACGUGUUUGGGGGCGGCCGCUCCGACGCCUCCUGCACGCUGACGCACCUGCCGACCUUCCUCCUGGAUCAGCGGGUCUGGGCCUCCACCCCCACACGGCCGGACGCACGAACCAACACCUUCCCCAAGCCCCGGCGCUGCCAUGUGGCUACCAAGGUGGACAAAUACGUGUAUCUUCAUGGCGGAUACAAUGGCUCAGAGGCUUUUGCUGACCUGUGGCGCCUCAACCUGGCUACAUUCGAGUGGCAGCUUCUCCCCUGCAAGUCUUCGGUGCCACUCUACUUCCACUCCGCUGCUGUGACAGAAGAAGGGUGCAUGUACAUAUUUGGCGGUGUGAGGGACCUUAACGAGAACAUCCGGACGGCUCGCAUCACCAAGGUGUGGCUGGGUGUGGCUCGCCUCAGGGACAUGAGCUGGGAGGCACUGUGUCACUACUGCCCCAACCUGCCCUCCCUGCCCCCCUCGGCCCUGCUAGCAAUGGGCAUCCCUCCGUACAUUGUGGAGGCCCUUCAGCACCAGACCCCGGCUUAUGGCUAACUGGCAACAUGGAGUGGCUGGAGAGGAGAGCAAGAGGAGGAGGAGGAGGAGGAGGAGGAGGACCCAGCCUGACUGUGAUGGGUGGUGGUGAGACAAUUCCUGCCUCACCCCACCUCAGCUCUCCUCGACUCACCUCUUCAUCUCCCGCCCACCCACUCACUCCUCUGUCUGUGUUCAUGUUUGUCUCGCGUGCAGCUGGGAUCGACUGUGUGAUUUUUUAUAUUGCUGUUAUUAUUUAUUUAUUUAUUAUUAUUGUUGUUAUUGUUUGGGUUAUGCACAGGCACCCUUUUUUAACAUCUGCUGGGUUAUGGAUAUUGUUUUUGUUUUUUUUCCUUGUUCUUUCUCUUCAUCUUCUUCCUCUCCUAUUUAUUUUUCUUCUUUUUCUUCCUCUUCUUCCUCUUUGUUUUCCUCCUCCGUCUUCUUCUUUCCUUCUUUUUCUUCAUUUUUCUUCUCUUCUUUUCUCUUCUUUUUCUCCUUUCUCUUCCUCCUCUUCUUUUUUCUCCUCCCUCUUCGUCAUCUUUCCUUCUCCUUUCUCCCCCUUCAACUUUUAUUUUUUCUGAUUAUUAUUUUUAUCAUCAUCGUUAUUAUUAUUAUUAUUACUAUUACCAUAAUUUUUUUUAUCAUUAACUUAAAAGAAAGGAAUUUGCACUAGCUUACAUCUCUCCAGCAGGUGACAGGUGAAACAGGUGUGCUGCCGAAGGUACGCCAAAUAACUUAUAUGAUCUGAAAGAUUCUUCUACUACCCAGCUUUAACGGCUUGUCAUGAUUAGUUACAAUAGAUCUGUUUAAGGUCAUUUUGCAGGUCCUUUGAUGGCUGAGCAUGUAAAAAAAAAACUCACUUCACAUCGCUGUCCACAUGUUUCCACACCCCCAGGCCUUCUCACACACACACACACACGCGCGCACACACACACACGUUUUAUGGAUCUGUUUCAUGCAUUCAUAUUUUCCUCCCACACACAGCCUCCCUUUGUUUCUCAAGUCUAUGCAGCAUAAUAUUAUUUCCAUGUUGUGACUAAUAUUUAUCUGUGAAUAAUAAAGUCAGGCUAAACAGAA